ACGGACGCACGGGACCCCGUGUUUCUCUUUGUCUUGUCGUGCGCUCAGCGUGACGUUCCCGUGGGUUUUUCCUCCCUUCUUAAUCCGGAUAACUUCUGGCGCCGAUGAGCUUUUGGAUUUCCACCGGCGCGCGUCUGUGCGGAGGUUGUGAUAAAUAAAAAAGAGAAAUGCAGGGAUUCGUGAGGUUAGACCGCGACGCUUCUCACGGCACCGCGGGACCAUAGAAGCCGCUCACAGCCCCGGAGACGUUUCCAUCCAUCCACCGUCUUGUGGCACCAGGAACCGGCGCACAGAGUUCAUCCCCCCAUGCGGCCGGUCUGAAUGAGAACCCGACGUGGUCCCGACGGCACCGGAUCCCGCUGAUCCGCGGUGAAACUCCACACAAGAGCGGAGAACGGGACACUACUUUAAAAGUCGCCCACAUGCACUGGAUCACUCGCUGGAUUUGGGCACCGAGUACGCAGACGGGGGGUUGCGGAUCCGCGGAGGCUGCCGGAGGAUGGAGCGGAGCCGCGGGGGCUGGUGAGAGCCUCGCUUCGGGUUCGGGUCACUUUACAUUUCCUCAACAACUCGCUCCUGUUCGCGGGACACAUGCAGGCCAAAAAACGCUACCUGAUCCUGCUGUCCGCCUGUGCGUGCUUCGCGCUCCUCUUCUACCUCCAGCUUCCAGGGGCGACCCGGAGCCGGCAUGACCGCGUCCGCUCCGACCAGCCCUGGCCUCACUUCUCGGACCCUUUAUACGCGUUCGUGCCGUGGGAUCAGGCGGACACGGAGGAGUACAACGUGCACGUUUCGCCCAGACACAAGCGGGACGUCAACACGAGUGUUUACAAAGGCAGACGGUGCCGGAUGGACUCGUGCUUCGACGUGUCUCUGUGCCUCAGGAACGGAUUUAAAGUUUACGUUUACCCGCAGCAGAAAGGAGACAAGAUCUCCGAGAGUUACCAGAACAUUUUAGCCACCAUCGAGAGUUCCAGGUUCUACACAUCAGACCCGAGCCAGGCGUGCGUGUUCGUCCUGAGUCUGGACACUCUGGACCGGGACCAGCUGUCGCCGCAGUACGUGCACAACCUAAAAACAAAGGUGCAGAACCUUCCCCUGUGGAACGACGGGAGGAACCACCUCAUCUUCAACCUGUACUCCGGCACGUGGCCGGACUACACGGAGGAUUUGGGUUUCGACAUCGGCCAGGCCAUGCUGGCCAAAGCCAGCAUCAGCACCGAGAACUUCAGGCGCAACUUCGACGUGUCCAUCCCCCUGUUCUCCAAGGAGCACCCCAGGACGGGCGGGGAGAGGGGCUACCUGAAGUACAACUCCAUCCCGCCUUUCAGAAAGUACAUGCUGGUGUUCAAGGGGAAGCGCUACCUGACCGGUAUCGGUUCCGACACCAGGAAUGCCUUAUAUCACGUGCACAACGCCGAGGACGUGGUGCUGCUGACCACCUGCAAGCACGGAAAAGACUGGCAGAAGCACAAGGACGCGCGCUGCGACAAGGACAACGCGGAGUACGACAAGUAUGAUUAUAAAGAGAUGCUCCACAACUCCACCUUCUGUUUGGUGCCCCGCGGCAGACGACUGGGCUCCUUUCGGUUCCUGGAGGCGCUUCAGGCGGCGUGCGUGCCGGUGAUGCUGAGUAAUGGCUGGGAGCUGCCUUUCUCCGAGAUCAUCGAAUGGAACACGGCUGCAGUCAUCGGUGACGAGCGGCUCCUGCUGCAGAUUCCCACCACAGUGCGCUCCAUCCACCAGGAUAAGAUCCUGUCCCUCAGACAGCAGACUCAGUUCCUGUGGGAGGCCUACUUCUCCUCUGUGGAAAAGAUAGUGCUGACCACGCUGGAGAUCAUCCAAGACCGCGUGCUGCAGCACGGCUCCAGGAGCAGCUUGAUGUGGAACAGCCACCCUGGGGGACUCUUUGCUCUGCCACAGUACUCUGGAUACCUAGGAGACUUCCCUUUCUACUACGCCACACUAGGUAUCAAACCGUACCCAAAGUUCACAGCGGUCAUCCACGCUGUCUCGCCACUGGUGUCCCAGUCCCAGCCCAUACUCAAGCUCCUGGUGGCUGUGGCCAAAUCCCAGUACUGUGCACAGAUCAUUGUCCUGUGGAACUGUGACAAACCUCUGCCUGCCAAACACCGCUGGCCUGCCACCUCAGUGCCCGUCAUCGUCAUCGAAGGAGAAAAUAAGGUAAUGAGCAGUCGCUUCUUGCCAUAUGAGACCAUAGUGACGGAUGCCGUCCUCAGCCUGGAUGAAGACACAGUGCUGUCCACCACAGAGGUGGACUUCGCCUUCACUGUGUGGCAGAGCUUUCCAGAGCGAAUCGUCGGUUAUCCUGCUCGUAGCCACUUCUGGGACAGCAACAAGGAGCGUUGGGGCUACACCUCCAAAUGGACCAAUGAUUAUUCCAUGGUGCUGACUGGAGCUGCCAUCUACCACAGGUAUUAUCACUUCCUGUACACCAACUACUUGCCCAGCAGUCUGAAGAACAUGGUGGACCAGCUGGCCAACUGCGAGGACAUCCUCAUGAACUUCCUGGUGUCUGCCGUCACCAAGCUGCCGCCCAUCAAGGUCACCCAGAAGAAACAGUACAAGGAAACCAUGAUGGGACAGUCAUCGAGGGCUUCUCGCUGGGCCGACCCGGACCACUUCGCCCAGCGGCAGACCUGCAUGAACAAAUUCGCCAGCUGGUUUGGCGCCAUGCCGCUGGUCCACUCCCAGAUGAGACUGGACCCUGUCCUAUUUAAGGACCAGGUCUCUAUCCUCCGUAAGAAAUACAGGGACAUCGAGAGGCUCUGACAGGACCGGCGCCCCCUGGGGGGAGACCCCACGCAGGGGGAGACCCGAGAAAGACUCGGUGGAGAGUAGAAGGAGUAGUAGGAUUACGGCCGGCUAAACGGGGAGCGAUGCAGCUUUGUCUUCCACUCAGCACAUUGCCAAUGACCACAGCGCCACCGCCGCCGCCGCUGCUGCUGUUGCUGCUGCCGCUGCCACCAGGACUUGAUGUGGGAAGGGACAGGAAACGAGCAGAUGGUGUUUGGACAUCAAAAAUAUAAACAAAACACACAGACACCGAGAAGUACACAAACUGAUGGACAUGCCAAACAGUGCUGUAUGUUUGCAGUGUGUGUACACACACGCAGCACACACUACAGACAACCGGAAUCCUUUUUUUUUUUUUUUACUACUUCUCCUGUGUUCUCUCGGCACGCAUAGGACGGCAGAAGACGGAAGGUGUCAGAUCGCAACCCGACGAACCACAGAUCCACCCAACAGGAAACCUUCCCAGUCCACAUCAGGACACAUGACUGGACUCACGAGCAGCUCCGUUCUCCUCAGAGACAUUUACAGUCAGCAGUCUUUCAUGUUUUUUGAGGCAGAAAAAGGUAAACAUAGUUACCCCGAGUUGUCAUUAUAGCAAAGCUAUCAGCACGGCCUUGAGCCGCUUUGAAAACAUCCGUCCUAUCGUUGGCUCGUUCCUUUAUGCGCUGGUUCCUGUUAUCACUAUGGUAAGUUAGAAAAACAUUUCAUAUCACAUUCUCCUCUCACGAUCAUCACAGCAGUUGCACUUUUCUCAUCUAUUAUUUUCUUCUUUCGCCAACUUUUUAUUCCCCUCCUUCAAAUUGUGUGCGCGCAGAACCGUGAAAAGUUAGUUCACCUGACCAGAAGUCCAAGCGGAGUGGAGGACUGAGCGGACUGAACAUUUCUGGGUGAAAUGGAGCGGAAUGUUGCAUUCCCACCCUGAACUCAUUUUGUCCAUUUGCUCCUCCUGCGUGGUCUCGAGAGCGCUGUCCACGCAGGAGGGCCGUAACGGGUCUUUAGCGCGUGGAGUCAUGUCACAGGCGUGCCUGCGCAGCAAGAGCAUCAGUACCAAUCCAACAUGAGGGUCUGCCUUUAAAACUGCUUAUUGCAUGUCACGUUGCCGACAUCAGUUUGGCUGCGCUCUCAAAGCAUCGCCCGGUUGAAAUAUUCUCACCAUCAGUACCCCCACCCCCUCCUCCCCGCCGACAUAUCAGAGGACCUUUGAGCCAUUAAAUUGACAAAAGGUUUUCUCCUCCAUUUGUCUGGUAGAGAUACAUUUAAGCUUCAAUUAGGUUAACCCAUCGCAUUUUGGAGUGACAUUUUUGUCCCCUGGGGGGCAGGAUGUUGAUGAAACACGAACAUUAUGGCUCAUCGUGUUGUGAAAGCAGCGACCCACGAACGUGACCUGACCGUUAACGCUCUCGCCACGGGAGGACAGCUCUUUCCCCAGCCCGCCCCAUCUGACUGCUGCCAUGUUUGAACGACAAAAUCCCACUCAUGUUGCUAUUGCACUCGCAUCAUGAGGCCUGACCUUUUUGGAAAAAAAAACAACCCUAAAUGACUUUGUUUUUGGACGUACAAAAUGUCAGAGCAUUUAAUUGUUUUCAACUUAUUUGAAGAGAUUUACCCAUCAUAUCUGUGUUAUCUUAAACAACAUCUCAGCAUCAAGCUGACCAACAAUCUAGUCUCAAUGACCCAACCACUUUUUUAUUUAAAAAAAACAAAAAACAGAGACACUUAGAAUAUGUAGAUCAGUGGGAUAGUAAUUGAGCUAUGAACAUGCAGACCUGGGUUCAAUUCCCAGUCACUUCAUCUAAAUAGGUACCAGCCUUAGCUGAGGAAAUAAUCUGCUAUGGACUGGCAUCCGCACCUCCAGAGGGCGUCGUAGACUCUCAUCCUCUUCACAUUGCAGAAUUCAGGAAUAAGCGCCAGUGUACUGAUAUGGGAUUUACUUCAGUUGUUUCCAAAACAAAAGAGGGGGUCAAGAUCCAGGCACAAGCUGUUCUUACUGAGCACUGGGUGCUGACUGGUUGCGUGCUCUUGUGUCAUCAUCGUAACCUGGUCGGAGAAAAUUUUAGCUGUUGAUGAAGCAAGACUCCAUCACCAAGUAUAAUACAAUUUCGAACAAAAAUAAGUCUAAUGCUCAUAGUUUUUGUUGAAGUUAUUGUUUUGCUACGACUGCGCCCUUUCCACGGCGCCCUCUGAUGGUCACUGUUAAAAAGCAUGCGUGUCAUCAGUCUGUUGUGUCUGAUUCCUGUGGAGGAGUUCUCACAGAUUGAGGUCAAGUCUACCAACACUUCAGUAUUUAUGUAGAACCUUUUCACAGGGAACUAGCACUACUCCUUUGUCUGUCGGAGCCAAUUAUCGUGACUGUUGAUAAAAAUUUUUAAUUUCAUCAUUACGCCACUUCCCAUUGUGCAAUACUUGAUUCCAAGUUCAUCAAACACCAAAUACUGAAAGACUUUAAUGUCAAGUUGAGGAAUUGUCAACCAAAAGGGCUUUCACCUUCUCUACUGUACCCACGCCCUUGUGUAUUUCACGUUUUUAUGAACCACAAUGUUAUAGUUGUUGGAAAAUCAUCAUCACCCCUGUGGGCAAAGACCACCAAGGGGCUUAUUAGAAUUUGUUUUUUGCUUGUUUGUUUUUUCUUUUUUUUCCCAUUUGUAUUUUGUUCAUUUGUCCAGAAGAUAUUUCAAAAUCUAUUGACGUUUAACAGACCCCUAAUAGAUACAGGUGAACCCUGUUAACUCGCGCAAGUUGGGGUCCACAAAAUCAGACCAAGAGUUAUCUGAAACCACGAGUUAAUGAGGUUGGCCAAAAAAAAAAACCUUAGAAUCAGUUAUAUAGUAGUCUAAAUUUUUUGGGGUCCACAAAUCAACCGUGAGUAAAAGCCGAAACGCGAGUUACACAUAUGCAAGUUAACGGAGUUAACCUGUAUAUACAGUACACACAAAACAGAAUUCAACCUUAACCUUUAAAACAUCAUGACUGAGUUUUCAACAGCAUCUAGUUUUCAGGUUUCAAACUACAACUGCUUGAGCUGCGACUCUACUACAGAUUUGUGCAAAAAUUUGAAUGUUAUUUUCAGAACGUCAACUAAAAUUAAUUGCAAAAUGACAACUGCAUUUUGUCAUCUUGCGGGAGCCUCGCGAGAAUGCUGUCACACUAAAUAUCAGCAUUUCAUUAUAUUUUUUAAUCCAGUAUUGGUGUAACAUCAUCUUAUUGCAUUUAAGCAAGCUCUGUGUCUGUUACUUCAUCCUCACAUACUAUGCCAUGUAUUGUAGAUUGUCAUGUGACUUUCUGUACAUCAUGUGACCUGCAACCGUGUGGGGGGGGACUGUUUGCAUUGCAGUUUUGCAAAAUAAGGCUUUUCAAAUGAUCUCAAAAAACACCUCAUGUAAGUGUCAAAAACCUUUUGCGAUAUUCAAGGUUUUUUUUUUUUUUUUUUUUACAAACUGCCCGUGUUUUAAAUUCACUACUUAAAAUUGUACAAUUUAGAGGGAAAUGGAAACCUGCCAAAUGUUUAGUUUUCAUGGAGGUUUGGCUUAAAUUAUUGAAUGAACGUUGGGUGAACUACACAUCACUAAUCCUAAUCAUAUCUAUUAUAAUCAUGUUUAAGUAGGAUGAAGGCAGAACAUCCAAGUCUAUGGUGUUAGGUCCACAAACGUCACCGACUCCUCUGUGCAGGCAAAGGCACUCGGGAACACGCAUAAAUUUGGAUUCUCCCGCGUGAUCCAACUCGCAUGGGUUGCAAUCUGAAACCUUAUUGCUAGAUAGUGUCAAACUCCAUCAUGCCAUUUUAAAAGUUCUAAAAUCUACAUUUAAUUAUGGUAGCGUGUCUAAAAAGACCAUGUAGAAAUAACUCUUUUUGUAGUAGCCCACUUUUUCUGACACUGAGAUAAAGGUCAAGUUAAAGGAACAUGUUCCAGUAGUCUAACUGAGCCCCCAGACUAUCUGGUCACAAUCUGGAGCAGGUUAGUCCACUUCCUGUCCAGCAGUUUGCUUUGGAUCUAGCAAAGCUCCCAUUGCUCGCAGGACACGUCAAGAAAUUGUUCCGUUUGUGAUGUUCUAUCCUGUAGUUCCUAUAGCAGGAAGGAAUCCUGGACUAGUGACUCAGCAGUUAUAUUUAGAACUAAUAACACUAUUCUUUGGAGAGAAAGGCUGUAAAGCAUAAAAGCCGCUUUUAUUGAGUAUGUCGACACUUGAUUGAGCUCUGAGUGUUUUUAGUGGCUUUUCUGUCAGGCAGAACCUGAGAACCCAGAGUGUCUGUUCAUCAGGAUUUGUCGUCAAUAUCAAUGUCACAUAUUCAAUGACUGUCUUAUUGUGAGGCUUUCAUUGACUUUUUUUAAAUUGAGUUUUAUUUAAAGAGUAUUUUUAAGCUUUUACAGUGUCAAGAAAAGUGGCAUUCUUUCUUAAAAGUGUCACAUCCAAAUAAGACCACAGCACGACUGCUCUGUUUGAAGAACUGCAUUAGAAAACCUUUUUUCGUUUUACCUCAAGUCAUUAAUUUCAGUCUCAUGUUUUUCAUUUAUGUUUUGGAUAUCUGCUCAUAAGACUUAAAGUGUGGAGGAGAUAUUUGUAACGCAUUUCAACUGCAUUCGUUGAGCUUUGUGUUUAUCUGCAGAAGUGACAUUGGGGAGAAAACGUUUCUCCUUACUUGGUCUGCACAUGGUCACCAUUUCAUCAUCAGACUGCUGCACUCUUAAAAUCCAUAUCAAGCCUUUUAUGUCUGUUUGUUUGACUCACGAUCAUCUCAAGAGAAUCGUCCCCGGCAUUCAAAUCCCUGUGACUCUCAGCACUGUACUAUACAUAGACGUAUUUAUUUUUAAUUUUGGGGAGGUUUUUUAAAAGUCUGUAUGAUUUGAGAUGAUGUGGC